CAGAUUCCUGGUCAUGUGAUCAGCUGUGUCCAAUCAUAGCUGAUCACAUGGGACAUGUACACUGAUCAUCAGGGCACUGAUGAUCAGUGUGCCCUGAUGAUCUGUGUAACCCCAGCAGAGCCACCUGUCAGUGUCCAUCAGUGCCAGCUCUCAGUGCUCAUUCAUGCCAUCUGCCAGUGGCCAUCAGUGCCACAUCAAUGCCACAUAUCAGUGCCCAUCUGAGCUGCCUUUCAGUGUCACCCAUCAGUGCCAGUCAGUGCCACCUAUCAGUGCCGCCUAUCAGUGCCGUCAGUGCUGCCUAUCAGUGCCGCCUAACAGUGCCAGUCAGUGCCACCUAACAGUGCCAGUCAGUGCAGCCUAUCAUUGCCAGUCAGUGCCACCUAUCAGUGCUGCCAAUCAGUGCCAGUCAGUGCCAGUCAGUGCCGCCUAUCAGUGUGCAUCAGUGCAGCCUAUCAGUGCCCAUCAGUGCUGCCUAUCAGUGCCGCCUAACAGUGCCAGUCAGUGCCACCUAACAGUGCCAGUCAGUGCAGCCUAUCAUUGCCAGUCAUUGCCGCCUAUCAGUGCCAUAUAU